CGAUUCAUGUCAUCGUAAACGUAGUUUUGUUUUUGAUCUCAAACUCGAGUUCAUUGCGGUGCAAUGGGCGAACAAUAACGAAAGGGUCAUCCCACGUUGAGUAAGCAUCUGGUUUCCUCAGCUUACUGCUUUUAUUUCAUCCUCGAAAUCGACUUCAACAUUUUUUCAUCGUCCAAUUUUAAAUCACAUAACCUGCGACGUUGUUACAUGUAGAUUCGUAGUUGUGUGGAGUACUAGUAGUGGGUGGUAGUGGUAAAAGUGUAGCAGACAGUAAUCACAGUAGUGGUUGCUCUUUCUACAAUUAACUAUGUGUAGUGAUUGUGACUUGUAGUUCUUGUGAUGUGAUCAUCAAACGUGAAUCAAUAACACAUUUGAAUUAGGUGCACAGGAUGUACGCCCUUCAAAUGCAAACUGCCUGCCAGGGCGAAGGCAGCGGCGAACCAGAAGAUCCUAGCAGUAGUCAGCAAGAGCCGACUAGACCUGCAGUUCAAGAUUGUAGUGCGUAUGACAUUGUCCGGGCCACGCAGUAUGGCGCUCUUGAACGAGUUACUGAGUUAGUAGAAGCUGGAGCAAAUGUAAAUCAGCCAGAUUCGGAGACAGUCACACUGCUGCAUUGGGCUUCAAUCAAUAAUCGCAAAGAGAUAGUAAAAUAUCUUAUAGCUAAUGGAGCAAUUGUUGAUGCUGUGGGUGGAGAACUAGCCUCCACUCCACUACAUUGGGCAACGAGGCAAGGUCAUUUACCAACGGUUGUAUUAUUGAUGAGGGCAGGAGCUGAUCCCUCUUUAAGGGACUCUGAAGGGUUUUCAUGUAUCCAUUUGGCUGCUCAGUUUGGUCAUACAGCUAUUGUAGCAUAUCUAGUCGCAAAAGGAGUGAAUCCGAAUAUGCCUGAUAGAAGCGCCAUGACACCUCUGAUGUGGAGUGCUUACAAAGUUAACAGUCUAGAUCCAACCCGUUUGCUAUUAACCUUGGGUGCGUCACAUUCACUCACAGACAAUCUCCAUGGUAAUACAGCCUUGCAUUGGGCGAUAAUAGCAAAAAACAAUACGGCAAUAUCGACUCUAGUGCACAAUGGAGCAUCCCUUGAUGUUCCCAACUUUCAAAAUGAAACGCCUCAAAGCUUGUUGAGUCCGCAUAUCGGAGCCGUUUGGCUUGGUCACAAAAUCAGUCAAGAAAUCAAAGAGAAGCAAGGACGUGCAAGAGCAUGGUGUAGGGAUAAGAGAUUGAGAUGGUACUGUAUGGUUAGCACUCCAUUCAUCGUUUUUUAUAUUAUCGGAUUAGUCUUACAAAGUGGAUUCGACUAUUUAGCAAAACUGGGUGCCUUUCUCACCAUCUACAUAGCCGUCUACCUAGCAAAUCACUUUCUGUUCGAUGAACGACUUUUUCACAUUUUACCAAUGUCCAUCUAUCUUGCAACGAAGAUCUGGAUAUACAUAACAUGGAUAUUUUGGUUGGGAGUACAUGCAGCCUGGUACUUGUGGCUGAUGCUUGUUGUUGGAUCUGUUCCUUUGUGGACAUGCUUUUUACAAUCAUGGAGGGGGAACCCAGGCGUGAUUACAGCUACGCAAGAAGAUAAAUUGAAUACAAUUGUUGAGCUAGCAGAAUCUGGUGGUUUCGAACCACAAUGGUUUUGUAGCAGCUGCUUAGUCAGAAGACCGAUGCGUUCAAAGCACUGUUCUUCAUGUGAUCGCUGCGUUGCUCGAUUCGAUCACCAUUGUCCCUGGGUGAACAAUUGCAUUGGUGCAAACAACCACAAAUAUUUCCUUGGAUUCUUGGCAUCUCUAUUAGGUCUAUGUAUCGUAGUAUUAUCAGCCAGUGUGCAAUACUGGCAGUUUGAGUGCUGGACAAAUUUGACCAAUGGUCAUAGCCCAGAUAACUACUUGGCAGCGGCAGCAACAUGUGACCCAUGGGUAGCUUGGGUAUCUGCAAAUACAGCACUUCAUUCCUUUUGGGUGGGAACGUUAUUGGCUUGCCAGUGUUAUCAGAUUAUGGUGCUCGGCAUGACAACGAAUGAACGUAUGAAUGCAGGCCGAUACAAGCAUUUCAAACAAGGUAAUCCAUUUCAUAGAGGCGCAAUACAAAAUGCUGCUGAUUUUUGCGGCGUAAGUUUCUGUGGGGUAAAAGCAAAGCCCAGCUCAGAUUGGUUACACAGCUUUGAAUUGAAGCAGAGUAUAGAAAAAUUGCCGUUGCUUGCGGCAAAAGAUAAUUAUCAAUAUGUGUAAGAUGAUUAAUAAUGGUUACGGUGUGUUGUAAGAUUAUUAUCGAGCAUUGUUAUUACUAUUGAGAGUUAUCAGAUGCUGAUAUGCCAUAUCAAUCAUGCCUGUGGCUAUUCUAUAGUACCAAAGAGUUACUAUGAGAAAAUAAAAAGUAGGUAACUUGUUAUUAUUGGAGGCUUCGUAAGAUAAAGCGUGUCUUAUUUGCACAUUUACGGCACUUGAAUUGAGGAAAUUUUAUUUCGUUUCUUCCAUAAAUAUCAAAGAUACUACUAGAUUUAUUUUUUUAUUAGUGAAUACCAUUUUAUACCUUUCCCACGCUACUUGUAAAGGAGCUUGCAUUCAAUUCUUCCAUGGUCUGAACUAACAUCGAGAACACGUUUUAAGCGAUUUCCAAAAAUUGCAUGAUGUCUACCAUUUAGUUUGAGUUAUGGGCUUAAAAUGAGGCAAAGGUGUUACAUUUGUACUUUUUUUAAUUAUUUGUAGGGCUCGACUCUAGCUCAAUUCAAUCAGUGAUCCAUAAAGUUGAUGAACAAAUAUUUUUAUUCACGUAGAUCGCCAUAACGAGUAACAUCCCCGCUCGCCGUGUGCCAUUACUUGUGAGCCACCUUGUAUUUACUUGUGUAUCUAAUAUUAUGUCACAUACCAAAAGUGAAUAUGAAUUAUCACUACAAUUAUUUUUACUUAUAAUUUUGCUACAAUAAUUUGUAAAUAUCAUUUAAUAUCUCCCAUCUUAUUAUACAUUGAGAAGUAAGCAUGGUUUACAAGAAUUGUGAUAAAUAUUAACAAUUAAAUGUCGCAACAUUUUUUGCAAUAAUUCUCAUCUCGGGUCUAAAGAGAAGAUUGAAUUAGAAUUAGCGAUUGGUUCGACAUUAAUACAAUAACUUAUUUCAACGAAUAUCAUCGUUCGAACUACUUGAUUUAGUUUCUCACGUUACGAGGAUAUGAACGGGUGCAGUUGUUCUAUUGCGGUGUACGCAAAAACUAAUUAUAAGCAAAACAAGUGUGGGAUCCCAAUAUUGAUCCAUUUUCAAAUACGCUUUGCAAUAAAUAUAAAAAUAAUUCCUUGCUAUCAUAGGUAAUUGCUCGUGGUCGUGUUAAAAUGAAUUUUAACUAAAUCCAUGGCGUUACAUGGAAUUAUUUUUCGAAAGAUUAUUAUUUGGCUUACAUUCCGAUGUCCAGAUUAACAUUAGUAGCCAUUGCUACUCACAAUUUGAAUCACUGUAAUUCCUUUGAUAUCAAAAACAUAGAUGAUUGUCUAGUAUUAUUGAAUAGCAGUAAAAUAUUGAAAUAUUGUUUAUAUUUUAGCUGUUAAAUAUUUCUUGUAACUUCUGGCUCGCUUUAUUAAUUCUAAGAAAUAUGCUAUUGUCCUCGUGUGUACAUUACAUUUUUACAAUGUCUAUUACUAACCACGCUAUCUGACUGUUAAUGCGAUAUUUAUGGGAAUGGCUCUCUCGAUAGUGUGCCGUAGACAUAUUGUUUGCAAUUGAACGAUUAAUACUUCCUUGUCGCAAUCGAUGUCUUAAGCAUCAUAGAAAAUCAUCGAUGCCUGAAGAGUGCCCGCGUAUGACUCGCUAAUAACUGGGAGGAAAGUGUGAGUUUGCCUACCGUAACCCGUUGUAGCAAUUUCGAAAGUACGAGCGCCGUGAUGGAGGAAAUAUAAAAACAAAAUUGAUUAUGAAAGAAAAAUUGCUGAUAGUUGAAUUACUUUCAUCCUAAAAAUCAUAAAAGAAGUUCACUAGCAUCACAGCUUGGUAUAUUUUAUCAAUUGUUUCGUGAAUGUUACUCUAUCAAAUGAUUAUACAUGUUAGAGAAUCCUAGAGUACUGUGUACGUCAACAGUUAAUGAUGUUAGACUGUCAACAUGUGUAGAGAAAUUAUUGAUUCACAUUAGACUACGAAUAGUUGAACAAUAAAAUUUCCAAUAUUAGGAUGAUAAUAAUAUACGUAUAUACGUACGUACGUACAUACAUACAUACAUACAUUACACGCAUAUAUACAUACCUACAUACGCAUUUUAAUUUGCAGACGAUCAAUUUUCAUAAUAACGGGUGACGAAAAACUGAUGUAUGGAUAAUAUUUUCAUAAGGCUUAUGAUUACACUAGACGAGUUAGUCGAAAAAUAUCAAUAAUUUUCGGUACAAAUUGAACGGGCUAUUCGUAAUGGAACGCGUACUGCAGUGAUAUUUUUCAAGAGUAAUUUUUUAAUUCUUACACAUCGCACAAGAUCAAUUACUGAUUAUACUCUAGAAUUGAACCAGCUCAUGAUUUAAAGCGACUCAAAAAGACUUGGACAUUCAUAAAACUGUGGAUGGGGAAUUCCACGUCAUUUCGGCAAAUCAAAAAAGUCACCCUCUUCAGUUUUUCUAGCGACUUUUUUUAUGAUAGCCUUGGUUCAAAACACUUGUGAUUUCUUCAAAUUUUUGAGUCUAACCGUUUUUGAGUUACGGCACCUACCAGCAUUCAAACUCUACAAAAAGCUCGACAAUAAAAUUUAAAAAAAAUUACAAAAGUGGCUAUCAUAAUAACAAAUAGUUGGAAAAAUUGAAGAGGGUGAUUUUUGUUGAAUUGUCGAAAUGACGUGAAUGCUCCGUAUACAAAAUACAAGCGAGAUAACAACACCCUAUUACAAUAAUCAAGAGAACUUCCAGAUUGGAGUAUCUUGAUUGAGAAAAUAAAUGACAUGUAAUUUUAAUCACGAUUUCUGAGGGUUCGGACGAACACGUAUCAACAUCAUGAUGUGCCCAAGCUCUCUAUGCACAUUCUAGAUAUUGAAAUCAUAUGCAAUAAUUAAAGAGCAAGCAAAGAUUAAUGACAUAAUGUAAUAGAAUAUAAUAAACUUGCCGGUUGGAGGUAUAGGGUUGUUAAAUACCCUCCCCUUCUUUGUAAACUGAUCUCAGUGAGGAGAUUUUCAGAAUACUUAAUUGUACAAUAAGUUGAUAUUAAGACUAAAAUAAAUGAUUCACCUUGAAAAAGAAAA